AUGCACCAUACAAAGGUCUAUGGCACGACAGUCCGAGAGCCUCGUGGAGGAAUAUGUAAAUAUGAUGAACUUAAAAGAUACACCAGAUAUAUUAUUGAAGUCUACGCCGUCUAUAACAACAAGAAAGUUACCCAAGGAUCAACCUUCAGAGGACAAACAAAACCUGGAGUACCAGAUAAAGUUCAGCAACUGAAAGUCCAUCUCAUAAAGCAUAACGUGAUCAGAGUAACUUGCUCCCCGCCAGUCGGUGGAUUUAAAGGACCGAAGAAAGUUUACAUCAUUCGUCUCAUUGGUGACAGAGAAGUUGAGGAAACUGACGAGUGUCAGUUUGAAAUCGGAGAUCUGAGCUACCUGACGUCCUACACAGUCCAGGUUGUUGCCUUCAAUGGGAUGUUUGAAAGUGAAGCAGAAACAAGAAACGUUUCCACUCACUACGAUGACAAAACCCUGAGUGGCAUUUUGAUCUUCAUCCUCAUCAUUCUCAUCAUCAUACUUGUUGCACUGCGUCUAUCAGUCUUCAUCAAAAAGCGAAAGAAGUCGAAAACUGUUACUAAAGAAGAAAUUCAGCUCACAUCAACGGCGAAAGCUUACAUAUGAAGACACCAUGGAGCUGAAGACCGAUUCAUUAUUUGCUGUCUGUGCUUGAAUAUCAAUUUCAUUUGGAGGCAAUUUUUAAGAAAUUUCAAAAACGUCCAUGCCAAAGUUUCCCAGAUUUUGAUUUUAAUGUUUUGUAAAAUAUA